AUGGAAGCCUGUCCGAACUCGCAGGAGACCGCCCCUUUACUCGGCAAUUCCCCGCGGUCACCAAGCGCUUCUUUCCGCCCGCCACUCCUCCGUCACCGGACGAUCUCUUCGCUGUCUCUCUCAUCGACCCAGCAAACCGCGGAAGAGCAGACCCGAAGCUCUUUUCACGGCCUCCUAAUCCUGCUCGGCCUCAUUGUCAUCAGCGGGAUUGUGAUCGUCGCCUGGAACCGUUACUCCGGUCGCACGGGUGGGUUGAGUCUCCCCAACUCCGAAGCGCCAGUAGAGCCACUUGAGUGCUCCUUGCCACCCGAGACUGUGGGAGAGGGUGAACUGCCCGAGUUUGUCCCGUACCCGUAUGAUGACUAA